AUGCACAUCUACCCAGAGCGCAGCCCGGUGCAUGGCCUGGAGUGCGAGAUUUUCAAACUUGUUGCAGGGAAUCUGGACCUCUUCAACCCACUGCUCAAAGCUGGAUCGAAUGGUCGUGAGGGAUGGAGGGGGUGCCGCAGCCGAGCUCUUAUCGACGCAGCUGCUCUCGGUGGGAACGUCGAUAUCUUCUUCCCUGCUCCGCACAGCUCAGCCGGACGUGAACGUGGUGUCGGUGGCAAGCAGGAGAAGAGCUCCGUCAUGUACAAAGCUGUGCUGUAUGGGCACCACAUGCUCGUAAACCUCUUGCUGGCGGGAUUGGAUCUGAACUUCUUGGGAACUGGAUCGGGGGGAAAUACACCCCGCCACCUGGCUGCUCUCGAAGGGAUGGACGAGUUGGUGUCUAGCCUCUUGCUCAGGGGGGCGGACAAAGAUGCUCUCAGCGUCCUAGGCAAGACACCGCUGAUGCUUGCAUCCAGGUGGGGUCACUCGUCUGUCGUGCAUACUCUGUUUGCUGCUGGUGAUGAUGUCACUGCCGUGGACCCGCCCGGUCGCUCGGCCCUCGGAUAUGCCGCUCAAGGUGGAUACGUUGACGUGCUAGAAGCCAUCAUCGGACAUGGGGCAGACGUGAACGCCCGCGGCGAUGUGAACGAGACCGCACUUCACACCACUGCUCGCCGCGACGGGUCGGGUGCCGUAAACGCACUGAUCGAGGUUGGGGCUGAUAUCAACGCGAGAGCGCACGAUGGGACAACACCUCUCAUGUAUGCGGCGUUGUUCAACAGGAGGGAAUCUAUGCUUGCCCUCUUGGAGCGCGGCGCUUCCUUGGCAGGGGAAGAAAGCGACGGAAAUACGGCGCUGCACAAUGUAUGCCGUGAAAAGUCCAAAGGCGUCGCGGUGGUGGUGGACCUCCUCUUACGAUGGGGGGGGGGGGGGGGGG